AUGUUAGCGAUCGAUAUUCAACCAAGUUUAAUGUGUUUGAUGAUGGUCAAAAAUCCACCCCAUCAAUACGCCACCAAAAAGGAUGACAUUAGCGACAGUAGUGGCGACGAAGAUUACAGAUCAAGCUCAAGAAAUCUUUUUAAAUUCUUUUCUGCUCUAUCCAACGAUGUUAAAUGUCCUGUGUGCUUUGAGAUUUUAAAUAGACCAUUGAUGUUAUCUUGUCUACAUUCUUUUUGUACAUCAUGUUUGCAAGAGGUUACCAACAAUCAAAGUGUAACAUGUCCCCUAUGUAGAUGCGUAACCAAGCUAUCUGAGAAAGGUAUUGAUGGACUACCAAUCAACAGGGAUUUGACAAAUGUUUGUGAAAGUAUAAAGAAAGCAUUUGAAUUCUGUCCCAAGGUUUGCGAUCACUGUUUCCAGAAAAAAGUGACAAGAAAGUGUGAGCAGUGUUGCAUAUUCCUCUGCAAAGGUUGUUGUGACACUCUUCAUGCAAAAAGAAACUCACAUCAUACAAUCAUAAUCUCUGAUGGUAGUAGUGUUGAUGAUUUCGAUGUUGAAUCUCAUGUUCAAAUUGAAAAUGAGUUUGACCCACCACUUUAUCUACCAUUUAAUAUUACUAGAAAGAAAUGUACAACCAUUUUCAGAGAUUGGGUUCGAUCACUUUGGUUUGCUCCAUCAGAUUUGAAUGAAAAGCUGGUAUUGAGAUAUAUCAAGCCAGUUUACUUGCCAUAUUGGAUCUUUGAAGCUCACACCACCACUAGAUAUGGUGCCACAAUGUCGAAUGGAAAUACAUCAAUCCCACAACUCGGUGGAACCAACAACAUCAACAUUGGAAAGUAUGAAAAGAAUUGGGUUGCCAAAACCAAUUUAUUCUCAAACAAAUAUCGUCAAGCUACUAUUGCAAAUAAUAAAUUGAUUGAUAGAGACCUUUUAAUUCAAGUACAAUCAUGGGAGCUCUCUAAUAUUCCAUCGGCUGAAGUCACUUGUCCACCAGAUCCCAAGAUUCUAACUUUGGCCUACUUGUUGGACGAAACCACCGCAUGGAAAAAGAAUGCCGAAGUCAGAAUUAAACAAAAAGAUAAGGAACUCUGCGAAGAGCGAGUCAAGUCAAACUGUCCAAUCGGAUCCAACAUUAAGGACAUAUUUGUUGAUACAUCGGUCACAAGUGUUGCCUCUCAAAGAGUGUUCCUUCCAUGCUACUUUAUCAAAUAUGUCUACAACAACGAGAACUUCUCGGUCAUUGUCAACGCUCAGAGUUCAAAGGUUGUUGGUCAUCGUCCAUACGCUGGCAUCGGUGGAAUCUUUAGAAUGUUCAAACCAUCAUAA